GAAUCAACAGUAGCCUUCCAUGAGGAACUGCCUUUCCCAUUUGCUGCUGGAGUUAAUGGUUUUUCCUGCUGGCAGAAUCAGGGACAUGCCAGCACUAGCGGGAUGAGUGGGUGCUCCGGCGGGGAUGUGGUCAUUGCCGGCCAGUGAGGGCGAGAGCGCCACAGCCCACUUCUUCCUUGGAGCUGGAGAUGAGGGGCUGGGCACCCGUGGAAUAGGCAUGAGGACAGAAGAGAGUGACAGCGAGCUCCUUGAGGAUGAGGAGGAUGAAGUGCCUCCUGAACCUCAGAUCAUUGUUGGCAUCUGUGCCAUGACCAAGAAAUCCAAGUCCAAGCCAAUGACCCAAAUCCUAGAGCGACUCUGCAGAUUUGACUACCUGACUGUUAUCAUCCUGGGAGAAGAUGUGAUCCUCAAUGAACCUGUGGAAAACUGGCCAUCCUGCCACUGCCUCAUCUCUUUCCACUCCAAAGGCUUUCCUCUGGACAAAGCUGUUGCUUAUUCCAAGCUUCGAAACCCUUUUCUUAUCAAUGACCUGGCUAUGCAGUAUUACAUCCAGGAUAGGAGGGAGGUGUACCGGAUCCUGCAGGAGGAGGGUAUUGAUCUGCCUCGAUAUGCUGUGCUCAACCGUGACCCUGCCCGGCCUGAGGAGUGCAACCUGAUUGAGGGUGAAGACCAGGUGGAGGUAAAUGGAGCCGUCUUUCCCAAGCCCUUUGUGGAGAAGCCAGUGAGUGCAGAGGACCACAAUGUUUACAUCUACUACCCCAGCUCAGCUGGAGGAGGAAGCCAGCGCCUCUUCCGUAAGAUUGGCAGCCGAAGCAGCGUUUACUCUCCUGAGAGCAGCGUCCGGAAGACAGGGUCGUACAUCUAUGAGGAGUUUAUGCCAACAGAUGGCACAGAUGUCAAGGUUAUGGUGUAUACAGUGGGACCAGACUAUGCCCAUGCUGAAGCCAGAAAAUCUCCAGCUUUGGAUGGGAAGGUCGAAAGAGACAGUGAGGGGAAAGAAAUUCGAUAUCCAGUCAUGCUGACUGCCAUGGAAAAGCUGGUGGCCAGGAAAGUCUGCGUAGCUUUUAAGCAAACAGUCUGUGGUUUUGACCUCCUUCGUGCCAAUGGUCACUCCUUUGUGUGUGAUGUCAAUGGCUUCAGUUUUGUCAAGAAUUCGAUGAAAUACUACGAUGACUGUGCCAAGAUUCUGGGGAACACCAUAAUGCGGGAGCUUGCCCCGCAGUUCCAGAUCCCAUGGUCCAUCCCCACAGAGGCUGAGGACAUUCCCAUUGUCCCUACCACAUCUGGCACUAUGAUGGAACUUCGUUGCGUCAUUGCAAUUAUCCGUCACGGGGAUCGUACCCCCAAGCAGAAGAUGAAGAUGGAAGUGACACACCCAAGGUUUUUUAGUCUAUUUGAAAAACAUGGUGGCUACAAGACAGGGAAAUUAAAACUGAAGCGGCCCGAGCAGCUACAGGAGGUGCUGGACAUCACAAGGCUGCUAUUGGCUGAACUGGAAAAAGAACCAGGUGGUGAGAUUGAGGAGAAGACUGGGAAACUGGAGCAGCUGAAAUCUGUGCUGGAGAUGUAUGGUCACUUCUCAGGCAUCAACCGGAAGGUACAGUUAACUUACUACCCUCAUGGAGUAAAAGCUUCUAAUGAGGGGCAAGAUCCGCAGGGGGAGGCUCUGGCCCCAUCCCUAUUGCUGGUACUGAAGUGGGGUGGAGAACUGACCCCUGCUGGCCGUGUUCAGGCUGAGGAGCUGGGGCGAGCUUUCCGCUGCAUGUACCCUGGAGGACAGGGUGACUAUGCUGGCUUCCCCGGGUGUGGGCUGCUUCGCCUCCAUAGCACCUUCCGCCAUGAUCUCAAGAUUUAUGCCUCUGAUGAGGGCCGUGUCCAGAUGACUGCUGCGGCCUUUGCUAAGGGCCUUCUAGCUCUAGAAGGGGAGCUGACACCCAUUUUGGUACAAAUGGUGAAGAGUGCCAACAUGAACGGGCUCUUGGACAGUGAUGGCGAUUCCCUGAGCAGCUGCCAGCACCGGGUGAAGGCUCGGCUGCACCACAUUUUGCAGCAGGAUGCACCCUUUGGCCCUGAGGAUUAUGAUCAGCUGGCUCCCACUGGAAGCACUUCCCUACUCAACUCCAUGGCUAUAAUCCAGAAUCCUGUGAAGGUCUGUGAUCAGGUAUUUGCCCUGAUUGAAAACCUCACUUAUCAGAUCCAGGAACGGAUGCAGGACCCCAAGUCUGUAGACCUGCAGCUUUACCACAGCGAGACACUAGAGCUAAUGCUACAGCGUUGGAGCAAGCUGGAGCGUGACUUUCGACAGAAGAGUGGGCGCUAUGAUAUCAGUAAGAUCCCUGACAUCUAUGACUGUGUCAAGUAUGAUGUGCAGCACAAUGGGAGUCUGGGACUUCAAGGCACAGCAGAGUUGCUCCGUCUCUCUAAGGCACUGGCUGAUGUGGUCAUUCCCCAGGAGUACGGGAUCAGUCGGGAGGAGAAACUGGAAAUUGCUGUGGGCUUCUGUCUUCCACUGUUGCGGAAGAUACUACUUGACCUGCAGAGAACCCACGAGGAUGAGUCUGUCAACAAGCUGCACCCCCUGUACUCCCGAGGAGUGCUCUCCCCAGGCCGCCAUGUUCGAACACGUCUCUACUUCACCAGUGAAAGCCACGUCCACUCCCUACUCAGUGUCUUCCGUUAUGGGGGACUUCUUGAUGAGACCAAGGAUGCACAAUGGCAGCGAGCUUUGGCUUAUCUUAGUGCCAUCUCAGAGCUCAACUACAUGACCCAGAUUGUCAUCAUGCUUUAUGAAGACAACACACGGGAUCCCUUAUCAGAGGAGCGGUUCCAUGUGGAGCUGCACUUCAGCCCUGGAGUGAAAGGUGUCGAGGAAGAAGGCAGUGCCCCAACUGGCUGUGGAUUCCGUCCAGCCUCUUCUGAGAAUGAGGAGAUGAAAACAGACCAAGGCAGCAUGGAGGACCUGUGCCCGGGGAAGGCAUCAGAUGAGCCAGAUCGAGCAUUGCAGACCUCACCCCAGCCCUCUGAGGGCCCUGGCCUCCCAAAGAGAUCACCCCUCAUUCGUAACCGCAAAGCCGGCUCCAUGGAGGUCAUGAACAUGCAGUGCACGGGGAACCUGGACCUGAUCCCCUUGCGGGGACGGCGCCGCCGGAGGUCAGGGGACCUCCCCCGGCCUUCCCCAGCCAUCGGCCUACAGCCCCGGGCUGUGUCCACCACUCACCUGGCAUCCUGCACACAGGUGCUUUCUGAGACUUCAUCCUCGAGGCCUGGUGGCUACCGACUCUUUUCAUCUUCACGGCCACCAACGGAGAUGAAGCAGAGCGGCCUAGGCUCACAGUGCACGGGGCUGUUCAGCACCACAGUGCUGGGCGGCUCCUCCAGCGCCCCGAAUCUUCAGGACUACGCCCGCAGCCAAGGCAAAAAGCUACCACCUGCCAGUCUGAAGCACCGAGAUGAGCUCUUGUUUGUCCCGGCCGUAAAACGAUUUUCUGUGUCGUUUGCAAAGCAUCCGACUAACGAGCUGCUGGAUGACCAGCACCCUGUGGUCCGGUUGCUGCGCAGUUUUUCCUCUGACUGCACAGGGGGCUGGCCAGUCUCCUUGGAUGCCACGCUGGCGCAUCACCUGCACCAGUGCUCCUACCACCUGCGCCUCUUCCGGAACUGGCUGCGCUCAGGCCAGGAUGAUCCUGAGUGCCUCUACGGAUUUGAAGGGUGCUCCAUGGUGCCUACCAUUUACCCCCUGGAAACACUGCAUAAUGCCCUUUCCCUGCGUCAAGUGAGUGAAUUCUUGAGUAGAGUCUGCCAGCGCCACACUGAUGCCCAAGCACAGGCAUCUGCAGCCCUCUUUGACUCUAUGCACAGCAACCAGACCUCUGAUAGCCCGUUUUCUCCACCUCGCACUCUUCAUUCACCUACCCUGCAACUCCGGCAGCGCUCUGAAAAGCCCCCUUGGUACAGCAGUGGCCCUUCCAGCACUGUGUCCAGUGCUGGUCCUUCCUCCCCUACUGCAGUGGAUGGUAACUGCCAUUUUGGCUUCAGUCAUCACCCCUCCCUAAAUUCACAUGUGACUGAAGAACAUCAAGGCCUUGGGCUGCUCCAGGAGACCAUUGGGAAUGGAGCACAAGAGCUCCCCAUAGAAGGGGAGCAAGAGCCUUUUGAUCGAAACCAGUCCCCACAGGAACCACCUGUGGAAACCAGCCAGCCAUGCCAGAAGGUUGCAGAGGAGGUCAGCCAACCAUGCCAGAACAUCCCUGAAGAGGUCAGCCAGCCAUGCCAGGAAGUCCCUGACAUCAGCCAGCCAUGCAAGGAGAACCAUGAUGAUGUUAACCAGACAUGCCAGGAGGUCCCUCAGAUCAGCCAACCAUGCCAGAAUGCCAGCCAGCUGUACCAGAAAGUCUCUGAGGAAGCUUGCGAGCUUUGCCAGGAGAACUCUGAGGAGGUCAACCAGCCACACCAGGGGGUCCCUGUGGAGGCUGGCAGGCUGGUCCAUGGGUUCCCUGUAGGGGUUGGUGGCCUGGCCCAGGAAAUCCUCGUGGAAGUCGGCAAACCAGCCCAAGGGAUCCCUGAGGAGCUCAGCCAGCCAUGCCAGAAAUUCUCUGGGGACAUUGGCAGGCUGGGCCAAGAGGCUUCUGCAAUCAUUUUGUUGUCUCAGGACAUCCCAGAGGUUGAUAAACCAUCCCAAGAGUUCCCUGGGGAGGGUGAUCUUCAUGUCCAGGAGGUCCCAGAGGAGGUGAAUCAGCAGCAGUCCUAUGUGGUCCCUGAGUUGAUUGACCAGCUGUCUGGAGAGGAUGUUCCUCAAGUCCAGUAUCCAUCUAGCAAUGCAAACCCUCAGAGCCAGUCUCUAACCCGUGACCAGAACUCACCACUUCCGCCAGCAACAUGUGAUUAAUCAUUUUCUCAUUAGUGGUGUCACACUAUACCAGACAUUUGAGCUAGCAAAUUUUUCUGUUGGCUAACUCACCCGCCAGCAUUAAGGCCUUGGAUCUCACCAGAGGUGUCUGAGGAAGCAGUCUUCUUGGCAUGAAGCAUACCUGUGCCAGAGCUGGGCUUGGGGAGGAGCCAACUUCAUGUUAAAGCAGCUGUUGACUUCUCACCCAGCCAUUAGACUUGAAUACGAUUUCCUUAAAGAGGUAAAUGGGUCUAUCAUUACCUAACUUUCUCUGAUCAUCCCAGGAAGUCCCAGAUUGGUAAAGGAAGUGCCACUGAACUGCUGAAGACAACAUCUGGGGGUAGCAAGUGCAAAAGGGGACUCCAACGUCUCUACUUUUCUGGAAAAUAUUCACAACUUUUCAAGGUACCCUUAGACCAUAUGCGCAUUCAGGGGACUCUUGUCUUUGUUAGUAUUCUCAGGUGGGCCCAGGAUGGCUGUCUGAAAUGUCUGGGAAAAAAAGAGUUCCUUUCCCAAACAAUUGUCCAUCAUGGCCACAAAUUUUUAGAUUGGGCUUAUGGAUGUUUCCAUAUCAUCCCCAGGUGCCCUCUCUGGCCUAGUCCUGUUCCUCUGGGCAAUAGCUCUAGGGAAAAAUAGGUAUUAGAUUGCUGUGAAAAUUUCAGAGUAACUACUUAAAAUGCUCUGGGGGUUCUUGGCCAGUCUGUAAAGCUGGGCCUCCUUUUGUUGUGGGACUGUAUGGCUUAGGAGAUAUUGUAGUAGAGAAAAAUCAGGUUCUAUUUUAAGCAGUCAGCAGAGAUCAGUAUUGUACAGACAUGAGCAAAGAUUAUAUAUAUAUUUCUGUAGUCGAGCCAGGGACAGACUGGCCAAAGACCAAAUACUCCAGGGUCCCCAUAGGAUUUGUCCUCAUAUCAUUGUGUCUUUAAGACCAGGUGUGAUUAUGAAGCUUUUCCCAAAGAUCUGGGGAUGGGGAUGGGGAUGGGGGUGAGUAGGAGGGGUAAUGUGGUCAUUAGAGUUGGGGGCCGGAACAUUAUGAGUGCUCAAUAAAUAUAAAAUAAUGAGAAUAGUCAACCAUAAUAAUGGUGGUGAUGAUAUCCUUGUGAAUUCAAGAAUGAAUGACUGGGGACUUCCCUGGCGGCACAGUGGUUAAGACUCUGUGCUCCCAAUGCAGGGGGCCGGGGUUCAAUCCCUGGUCAGGGAACUAGAUCCCACAUGCAUGCUGCAACUAAGAGUUCACAUGCCACAACUAAGGAGGCUGCCGGCCGCAACUAAGAGCACACGUGCCGCAACUAAGGAGUCUGCGAGCCACAGCUAAGACCUGGCACAACCAAAUAAAUAUUAAAAAAAAAAAAGAAUGAAUGACUGUAGGUCAGUCAUGUCUGUGACUGAAUUAAUCUGAACCAGUCAAAAGCCAUUGUAGUUGAGCAGGAAUGGACCUUAAACAUAUGGAGAUUAAACAUCCCAGGAGGUCCCUAUGGCAAUCAGCCUACAAUCCCAAAAUUCCUUAAAUAAGUAGUGUUACCGGGAAGAGAGGUUCUAUCUCUGUGAAGCACCAAAGGGUCCAGUGCCUUCUCACAAGAUUGUUGUAAUCACCCUCUUAAUUUUUAACUCUGAUUCUUGGGAGUGAGUGUCAGGAGUUGAUAUAAACGGGGUGUGCUUUCUUUACCCCCUUGAUGUCUUUACACUGGGAAAGCCUAGAACACUAGGGGGGCUGGAAUAUCCCCCUCUGCAUGUAUUCACAUUCACAACUUGGCCUUUCCUGACAUACCCAGGACUAUAAAGGGUUUCACUGCAGAGGAAAAUCCAACAUUUUAUAAUACUUCAUGGAAAUCCUGACUGCACAGGUGAAAGCUGUUUACAACCUCAAUAGGCUCUGGAUCUCUUAGGGCCCCUCAAUUCCUUACCUCUGUGGUGUUCUCCUAUGCAAGGUAUCUGAUGCUGGUUAUUCGGUCCUUAGCUCUUGGCUCCAUGGAAUGCAGAUCCCCUUCCCAGGAGGCCUCUCUUUCCUCCCCCAAACCAAAUGUAUGUCCCCACCCUCAGUUCCUAUUACCCAUACUUGGGCAUUCUCACCUAUUUUCAGAAAUUAUGCUGGCUUCCCAUAACUUUUUCUCCCUUCACCCACCCUAUAUUCUCUGGCUUCCCUGGGUCCUGGAACUGCUUCCAGUCAUCAAAGGCAUCAAGAUAAAUGACCA